AUCUCCUGCAAUUUUCAAAAUGACAGAGUGGACAGCAAAAAGAGUGAGAUCAACCUAUAUUGAUUAUUUCAAGCAACAGCAUGCACACACUUUUGUGCCUUCUUCUUCCUCGAUCCCAUACGAAGACCCUACUCUUCUCUUCGCAAAUGCUGGUAUGAAUCAAUACAAGUCUAUCUUCUUAGGAACCGUAGACAAGAACAGCCAGUUUGGUCAACUCAAGCGUGCUGUCAACUCCCAGAAGUGCGUUAGAGCCGGUGGAAAGCACAACGACUUAGACGACGUCGGAAAGGACACAUACCACCACACUUUCUUUGAGAUGCUUGGUAACUGGUCCUUCGGCGACUACUUCAAGAAGGAAGCUAUCGAAAUGGCUUGGAAAUUGCUCGUAGAUGUCUACAAACUCCCAGCUGAUCAACUUUACGUUACCUACUUUGAAGGUGACCCAAAGCAAGGUUUAGAACCUGAUUACGAGGCAAGGGACAUUUGGAGAUCGCUCGGUUUGCCUGACGAUCACAUUCUCACUGGUGACGCUACGGAUAAUUUCUGGGAAAUGGGUGCCACUGGUCCUUGCGGUCCUUGCUCUGAAAUCCAUUUCGACAGAAUUGGUGGCCGUAACGCAGCACACAUCGUCAAUGCAGACGAUCCAAAUGUCAUCGAAAUCUGGAACAACGUCUUCAUGCAAUUUAAUAGAGAAGCUGAUGGUAGCUUACGUCCACUCCCUGCUAAACAUAUUGACACCGGUCUUGGUUUCGAGAGAUUGGUUUCUAUUUUACAAAACAAGCCAUCAAACUAUGACACUGAUGUUUUCACACCUAUAUUCGAAAAGAUUCAACAAAUGACAAAAGCACGUCCAUAUGCUGGUACAUUAGGCGCAGAGGAUGUUGAUGGUAUCGAUACUGCUUACAGAGUCAUCGCCGAUCACGUCCGUACACUCACUAUCACAAUCUCAGAUGGUGGUGUACCUAACAAUGUCGGAAGAGGUUACGUCCUUAGAAGAAUCUUGAGAAGAGGUUGUCGUUACGCUAGAAAGAAGUUUGGUGUCCCAAUUGGUUCAUUCUUUUCAACUUUAGCACCUGUAGUUAUUGAACAAAUGGGUGAUAUGUUCCCAGAGAUUACCAAGAAGUAUGAUGAUAUCAAAGAAAUUCUUGAUGAAGAAGAAGAAUCAUUUAGCAGAACAUUAGAUAGAGGUGAAAAAUUAUUCGACAGCUACGCUCAAAAGACUCUUAACACACCAGAGAAGCAACUUGGUGGUAAAGAAGUCUGGAGAUUGUAUGACACAUAUGGUUUCCCAGUAGAUUUGACCGUCCUCAUGGCUGAAGAACUCGGUUUAACCAUCAACAUGGAAGAAUUCGAGAAAGCAAGAAUUGAAUCGCAUGAGGCAUCUAAGGGUACAAAGAAGAAGGGUGAUGUCGAAUCAGUCAAGUUUGACGUUCACGAUUUAGCUGCACUUGAAAAAGAUAACAUUGCUAAGACUGAUGAUAUUUAUAAGUACACCCAUGGUACGGUAGACGCAAAGAUUAUUUCAAUUUUCCAAGAUAGACAAUUCCACAAGUCAACUAAAGAUAUCAACACCAGUAAACCAUUUGGUAUCUUGCUCGACAAGACCAACUUCUAUGCUGAAAGUGGUGGACAAGAAUAUGAUACUGGUAUGAUCACCAUUGAUGGCAAAGCUGACUUUGCAGUUGAAGAUGUACAAGUAUACUCAGGAUAUGUUUUACACUCAGGUGCAUUAAAGUACGGUGAACUUAACCUCAAUGAUGAUGUUAUCGCCACCUACGAUGAAUUGCGCAGAUGGCCAAUAAAGAAUAACCACACUGGUACUCACUUGCUUAACUUUGCAUUGAAGGAAGUAUUAGGAGACCACAUUGAUCAAAAAGGAUCACUCGUCGCACCAACCAAGCUUCGUUUUGAUUUCAACCACAAAGCUGGUUUGUCAGUUGCUGAAUUAAACAAAGUUGAAGACCUUUGUGAUCAAUUCAUUAAGAGAAAUGUACCAGUUUUCUCACAAGAGUUCAACCUUGAUGAUGCACGUAAAAUUCCAGGAUUGAGAGCAGUUUUCGGUGAAGUCUACCCUGAUCCAGUUAGAGUCGUUUCUGUAGAGUUUAACCCACAAGACAUUAAGCAUGACAUUGAAAAUGAAAAGUGGAGCAAAUCUUCUAUCGAAUUCUGUGGUGGUACACACGUUAACACAACUGGUGAAAUUAAAUUAUUCAAGAUCGUUGAAGAAAGCAGUAUAGCUAAGGGUAUCAGAAGAAUUAUCGCCGUUACAGCAGAUGAUGCUGUUGAAGUUAUGAGAAAAUCAUCAGAACUUGCCAACAAGCUUGCAUUCAUUGAUGGGUUGACCGACAUGAAGGAGAAGGAUAUUGCAUUGAAAGCCUACGCAGUCGAAAUCGGUCAAGCUGAAAUCAGCACGAUCCGUAAGAUCGAACUUAGAGAACAAUACAACAAAAUUAGAAAGACUGUUGAUGAUGCCAACAAAGCUGCUCAAGCAGCUCAAGCAAAGUAUGCUGGUGACACUAUCAAAAAUUAUUUCAACGAGAAUGAAGAAGCUAAAUCUUUCGUUGGUACUCUCGACCUUGGUUCUAACACCAAGGCACUCGGUCAAGCAUUGAGCGCUGCUAGACAAUUAGGAAAACAAGUUUACGUAUUUAGCGUUGAUAAAGAUGCCAGCAAGGUUGCUCAUCAAUGUUACAUUCCUAAGGAACUACUCAAGGAUGGGUAUAAUGCAAAGAUCUGGGCUGCUAAAGUUGCAGAAAUCCUUGGCGGAAAGGCUGGUGGUAAAGACGACAGUGCUCAAGGUGUUGGUAGCGAAGUUAGCAAGGUUGAAGAAGCUAUCGGAGCCGCAAAGUCCUUCAUUUAAAAAGUUAUUUGGAAGCUAAUUUAAUCUAUCUCUCGUUUGCUGUUAUCUAAAAUUAUAUAUAAGGUAUUUUGAC